AUGAGUAAUGUUGUCGGUAGCAGACGCCCAAUAGGUGCCAUGAUGUGUUUCACAUCUAGGGCGGUCAGGAGCGUUUUUACCAGGAGCUAUCAAGUAUGUCCGAGGCCAAACGUCUAUAAAAAGGGCCAUGUAAGGGAACAUAGAAGGCUGCUGCAUUUUUCAUUCAAUCCAAAUUUCAAAAAUACUCAUAUAAAUUUGUCUUCUCAAGACGAGAAGAAGCCUCAACACAAUAAGGAUAAUAAAAGUGAAGGCAAUGGUGGUAAAAAAGAAAAUGGCGAAGAAAACGAGAAGAACAGCGAUAAGAAAAGGAAAAAUGGUGAGCAGGAGUUUAAAUCUUUGUCUGAGUAUUUUAGGUCUAAGGAGUUUGCCAAGACAAUGUAUCUGACUGUCGGAUCAAUUGUCCUAUUCAACCUUAUAACUUCAUCUGAUAAGCCGGCAGGUGCUGACUUGCAACCUUUAACAUUUCAAGAUUUCAAAACAAAGUAUUUGGAAAAGGGUUUAGUGAAGCGAUUAUAUGUAGUUAACAAAUUUUUGGUGGAAGCAGAGCUGACGCCUCAAGUUGACCAUGAUGGCAACGCACGUCAAUCAGGGUUUUUGGGAUCAGGACCACCUGUGGUCGCAUUUACGAUAGGGUCUGUCGACAUUUUUGAAGAGCAGAUGGAAGAUAUACAGGACAAGCUGAAGAUAACUCCAGAAGAUAGGAUACCUAUAACGUAUGUUCAACGUGCGUCAAUUUUUCAAUAUCUGUUCCCCUUUUUGCCAACUAUAAUUCUUUUGGGUGGAUUAUAUUUCAUCACAAGGAAAGUCGGCGGAGGGGCAAACGGUGCUGGUGGUGGUGGUGGACCAUUUGGUGGUAUGUUUGGUGUCAACAAGUCUAAGGCAAAACUUUUCAAUAAAGAGACUGAUAUCAAAGUAUCGUUCAAGGAUGUUGCGGGAUGCAACGAAGCAAAACAAGAAAUCAUGGAGUUUGUGCACUUUUUAAAGAACCCUGCAAAGUAUACAGCACUAGGUGCUAAGAUUCCUAGAGGUGCAAUAUUGUCAGGGCCACCAGGUACAGGUAAAACUUUACUAGCCAAAGCUACAGCGGGUGAGGCAGGAGUUCCUUUUCUCUCCGUUUCCGGUUCUGAAUUUGUCGAGAUGUUUGUCGGUGUUGGUGCAUCCAGAGUUCGUGACCUUUUUGAACAAGCAAGAAAAAUGGCACCUUCAAUCAUCUUCGUCGAUGAAAUUGAUGCUAUUGGUAAAGAAAGAGGAAAAGGUGGUGCCAUGGGAGGGGCAAAUGAUGAAAGAGAGGCAACUUUAAAUCAACUUUUGGUGGAAAUGGAUGGAUUUAGUACUUCAGAUCAAGUCGUUGUUCUUGCAGGUACGAAUAGACCAGAUGUUUUAGAUCCUGCUUUGAUGAGACCCGGAAGAUUUGAUAGACAUAUUCAAAUUGAUGCACCUGAUGUUGAAGGAAGAAAAGCCAUUUAUCUAGUGCAUUUGAGAAAGUUAAAUCUGGAUAAAAUUCUUACUAAAUCCGAUCGCGAACGUGAAGAAUUAGCUGGGAAAUUAGCUGCCUUAACACCAGGUUUUGCUGGGGCAGAUAUAGCAAAUGCGUGUAAUGAAGCAGCAUUGAUUGCUGCAAGAAAUAAUGCACCCUGCAUCGAGCUUUAUCAUUUUGAACAGGCGAUCGAGAGGGUGAUUGCUGGGUUGGAGAAAAAAUCUCGAGUACUCUCACCAGAAGAGAAAAAAACUGUAGCAUAUCAUGAAGCUGGACAUGCAGUUUGUGGAUGGUAUUUGAAAUAUGCUGACCCGUUAUUGAAGGUAAGUAUUAUUCCUCGUGGACAAGGCGCUCUUGGUUAUGCUCAGUAUCUACCUCCUGAUCAAUAUUUAAUCAGUGAAGAACAAUUUCAACAUAGAAUGAUAAUGGCGCUUGGGGGUCGUGUAUCCGAAGAGAUACAUUUCCCUUCUGUCACUAGUGGGGCGCAUGAUGAUUUCAAAAAAGUCACACAAAUGGCCAGUGCGAUGGUAUGUUCCUUAGGAAUGUCACCCAAGAUUGGUUGUAUUUCAUACGACCAAGGAGAUGUGUCAUUUCAAGUAAAUAAGCCAUUCAGUGAGGUAACUGCCAAUAAUAUUGAUUCAGAAGUAAAACGAAUCGUGGGUGACGCGCAUGCCAAGUGUGAAAAAUUACUAACCGAUAACUUGGAAAAAGUCGAUAAGGUGGCGAAAGAGUUGUUGUCAAAAGAAGCUAUUACGAGAGAAGAUAUGAUUCGAUUACUUGGACCAAGGCCCUUCCCCGAAAGAAACGAAGCAUUUGAAAAAUAUCUGGAUCCAAAGAAUAUAAAUAAUGGUGAAAAUACAUCACCUGCUACAAAUUAG